AUCAAGACUACGCGGAAGCGCAGUGACGCACAACGUUGCCGCCUUGUGGGCGUGUCGAGCUGGUGUAACAGCGUUGCACAGUCGGAAGCUGAUAAAAAUGGCUGUUAAUGUUUAUUCAACAUCUGUGACCAGUGACAACCUGAGCCGCCAUGAUAUGCUGGCAUGGAUCAACGAGUCGUUGCAGCUAAACUUGACUAAAAUCGAACAAUUGUGUUCAGGUAGUGUGUACUGUCAGUUCAUGGACAUGCUUUUCCCUGGAGCAGUUGUGCUCAAAAAAGUAAAAUUUCAAGCUAAACUGGAACAUGAAUACAUACACAACUUUAAGCUCUUGCAAGCGAGCUUCAAAAAAAUGGGCGUGGAUAAGAUAAUUCCUGUAGACAAACUGGUAAAAGGAAAGUUCCAGGACAAUUUUGAAUUUGUGCAAUGGUUCAAAAAAUUCUUUGAUGCAAAUUAUGAUGGAAAAGACUAUGACCCCGUUGCAGCUCGCCAGGGACAGGAGACGGCCCCAGCUCCAGUGCUGUCUGCUCCAGUCCUGAACAAGCCUAAGAAACCUUUAGGCUCUGGAAACACAGAUGAUAGUUUUGCUGGAGGAUCUGAAGGAAAAGCUUCAAGAACAGACCCAACACCAGGUUUAAAGAAAAUGGCAAAAAUUGCUCCCCAAAGGACAGUGCCUGUUCAGAGAACUACAGUAAGUAACAAGCCAGCCCAAGGGAUCAGCAAGAAGCCAGCAACUGUAGGGAAUGGAGAAGAUGAAUCUGCAGAGCUCAUUCAGCAGAUAAAUGUACUGAAGAUUACUGUUGAGGAUCUUGAAAAGGAAAGAGACUUUUACUUCGGCAAACUGAGAAAUAUUGAGCUAAUUUGUCAGGAGAAUGAAGGUGAAAGUGACCCAGUUUUACAGAGGAUUAUAGAGAUUCUAUACGCAACAGAUGAGGGUUUUGUUAUACCUGAUGAAGGAGCACCCCCUGAAGACCAAGAAGAAUAUUAAAUAAACAUGCAAGGAUCGCAGUUGUUUAAUGCCCAAAUCAUAUGCUUAAUGUUAAAUACCCCCUUUUAUUCUCAGAGGGCUGUUUCUCUGCACCGGGGGAGGGGGGGGGGCAACACCUCUCCUUUUGAAAGUGCACUUUGCCAAAGUUUCACUCAUUUUGCAGGGCUUAGGUAUGGAACAUAUUAUGGGUUUGCGGCAGGAAAGUGUGUGUAAUGGGCUGAUGAAGGUUCAGUUAUUGGUGAAACUGUUUGUUGUACAGUAUACAUACCAAUGCCUUAAGGGGUUUUUCUAAGUCCUACAGUAAAUGUGUGUCUGGGCAGUAAUGCUUAUUCCUGACUGAGCAGCUUCCUUCCAGUGUAUAGUGCAUGUGAGUACUUUAGCGUUGGAGGGGCUGCUUCUUGUGCUGUAUCCCUCUGCACUACCUCUGCUCUGUCUGCAGAUGGAAUUAAGAUUGCACCCUCCCUGGCAGCCUGGGGGGUUCACAUUUAAUAUGUACCUGUACAAAAAUGAGAUGAAAUUUUGAGUGGCAAACCUCUGAGUUUUCAGCAUUCCCCUCUUCACAUGAAUUGUUGUCGGACAACCUCUUCCUUUGUUUUAACAUUUUGAGACCUUGUAUUUAUGUUCCUUUCUCCUUCUCUUUAUGUAUCUGCUGUACCCCCACUCCAUGUCUUCAGGCUUCACCUCUGGAACAGGAACCCUGCUGUUUUUACAAUAAAUUGGGAUUUGGUGAUGCCAUAACAAAGUGGGAAUUGCUUUAUUACACCUUCACUUCCUGUGCUUCAAUAGUCGGUCACUUACAGUACUUUCUAGUUCUCUUCUGCCAUUUUACUCUUCUUCUUCUCUUUUUAUUUGGUUUCACUGAGUUUUUCUACUUUAAAUAUUUUCUAAAUAAAACUUCUGCAUUUCAA